UCCCCUCGCUCCUGUCAAGCGACAGGCAGCCGAGAUGGCGGCAGUCCCGGCGGCCGGCGGGGCGGCGCGGGGCCGCGGAGCCACCAGCUUCCAGCGGAAGGCUGCGGCCGGCAGCCGCCUGGCCGCUGUCGCGGGCACUCGGCCCUCCGUUCGCCACGGGCAGCUGCUGCUCUCCAGCGGGCUCCCCUCCCUGGACUGUGUGCUAGGUGGAGGCGUAGCUGUUGGAACCCUUCUUCUUAUUGAGGAAGAUAAGUAUGGUCUAUACUCCAGUUUUUUGUUCAAGUAUUUUCUCGCAGAGGGAGUUGUCUGUGGACAUGACUUGUUUGUUGCUUCUGCUAAAGAGCAUCCUGAGAACAUCUUAAAGGAACUUCCAGCCCCUUUGCUUGAUGACACCUACAAAAAUGAAUUGGGAGAAGAAACAACAGCUGUUAAGUCUGGAGAUUUUCAGGAUUCUAUGAAAAUAGCCUGGCGCUACCAAAAUUUACCAAAAUUGGAGGCCAGCCCAACAACAUCUACAAAGUUUGGCCAUUAUUAUGACGUUUCUAAAACAAUGUCUCCAGAACUGUUUCAGUCCAUAAAAUGGCACAGUUUUUACCUUCCUGAAGAAUUAUCUUCACAGCCUAAAAUGAAAACGUGUAAUAUGAACAGUGCUUACACAAGGCUGCUUCAGUCCAUUCAGAGGAUCAUUUACCAGGAAGGGUUUGAUGGCUCUGAUGCCCAGAAAAAACAAAAGAAUAUUUUGCGGAUAGGAAUUCAGAGUCUGGGUUCCAUGUUGUGGGGUGAUGACAUCUGUAGCAGUGAUACUCCUGAAGAUAUUCAUAGCCUUACAAAAUUUCUGUAUGUUCUCCGUGGCCUCCUCAGAAAAUCUUUGUCAGCCUGCAUCAUCACAGUGCCUGCUCACCUUAUCCAGAAUAAAGCAAUUAUGGAACGUGUAACAAACUUGUCAGAUAUCGUAGUUGGUCUUGAAUCAUUUAUUGGCUCUGAGAGAGAAACCAAUCCAUUAUACAAGGAUUACCACGGUUUGGUUCAUGUACAUCAGAUUCCUCGGCUUAAUAGCUUGAUCUGUGAUGUGUCAGACACGAAGGACCUUGCUUUUAAAUUAAAAAGGAAGCUGUUCACCAUUGAGCGACUGCAUUUGCCUCCAGACUUGUCAGACACAGUGAGCCGCGCAAGCAAACAGGAUCUGGCAGAAUCCGCCAAACUGCUGAGCUCAGGAUGUGGUGCUAUGGCCAUCGGCAAGAAGCACCUGGACUUCUAGUGAUUUCUACUUAGCAGUUUCACUCAGAUUUAUAUGACACACUAAUUAUGAGUGUUAAUUACUUAUAUAAAUAUUUUUCUUAAUGAUUUGACCCAGCAGUCUUUAAAAUACAUGUUAUCAUAUGGUGCCUUCUUUUUGUUUUGUUUUGGUUUUGUUCUGGUUUCUUUCUAUUAAUUUGGGGCUUGUUUGAAUUUUGCUUUUUGUUAAAGCUUCUGUUAUGUUGGGUCCUGCCAUUGUUCUGCUUGACUGGAAACAUACAGGAUUUUGUUCCUUUCCUUAAAAUAUGAAAAUUACUCUUUCAUUUCUAGAUGGUUUUUUUUUACAGUAAACAAAAAGGGAUAUUUUUCCCAAUGGAAUUUUUAUAUACUUACAUUUAAUAUUUUGUAUGAAUAGUAAGUCAAGUUGGAUGGUUUAUUGAAAUAAAGGAAUGAAACUAAGCAAA